AUGCGAUUAUCGGGCGACCGCUUCGGACCUUUUCGAAAUCAAAGGCAAAAGUCACUUUGGGCCGAAGUCGAAAAGCCGGCGCGGCCGCCGCGAAACGGGACGGACGGUGGGAGGAGGGAAGAUCGCAGCAGAGCUCUACGGCUGGCCGGCGCCGCUGCGACCGGCCGCGGGCGCCUCGCUGUAGUGGUGCUGGGAAAGGAAAGGAUACGGCAAAGAUCCGACAUUAAUCUGGACACUGCGCAGACACUAAGCGACACAACGCAACCCUGUUGGGACCGCGAAAGUCGAGUGCGCAAGGCGCGCCGUCAAUGCGGAGCGCUCGUCGCACACGCGGAGGCCGCGGAGCCGAGC